AUGCGCACACAAAUGUUUUCAUUUCUGGAUUAACGACAAAGACAGACACGAGUCAACUUUUCCAUCAUGAAGGCUUUAUCUUCACCAGAGUCUCCUCGACACAGGACCAUGAGAAGGGUGUCUAAACCUCUGAUGGAGAAACUCAGGCGGGAGCGGAUCAACCACAGUCUGGAGACAUUAAGACUCCUGAUGCUGGAGAACACACACAAUGAGAAACUGAAGAAUCCAAAGGUGGAGAAGGCAGAGAUUCUGGAGAGUGUGGUCCAUUUCCUGAAGACAGACAAGGAGGUGGAGAAGGGCCACCGGGCCAUGAAGAGAGUCCUGUCCAGGGAGCAGAGACAGACCAGUGCCCGCCAACACAACUACAACGACGGCAUGAGGUCCUGUCUGCUGAGGGUCAGCCACUUCAUAGCCAGCAAGAGCCAGGAGUUAGAGGAGACCGGUGGGGUUCAGGCUUCUCUUGCGCUUCCCGAGCCCCAGACGCACCCAUCCGCCCACGGGGCACUGGCAUCCGCUCCUGUUGGGGACUCCGGUGCUCUGUCCCCUCAGCAUCUGUCCCACCAGCACGGGAUCUCUGGUGCGUACCUCACCCAGGUGACCGGCCUGCACUGUGACUCCAGGGAGCUGUUCUCCUCCAGGGCCGCAUGCACGCACAUCACCGACCCCGUGUGGAGGCCCUGGCCUCAGUGACAGACACUUUGACAACAGAUUUUUAUUUUUUAUUUUACAUAUAGAUGCCGACAGACUGUAAAUAUGUAUUUUAUUGUACAGCUUGCUUCGCAGACGCAUUAUUUUUUUCCUGUCUCUUUUUUAAAAGUUGUGCAAAGUGUACAUAUGUGAUAUUUUUAGGCGGCAGUGUCUGCUGAUUGCUGGUAUUUUUAAACACGGUUACAACUCUGUAUGGGUGUAUUUGGUGUUGCUUAAGCCUGCUUUGACUUUUAAAACAUGAUCAGGUGUAUAAAUUCUAUUUUUUUGGCUAUCUUUUGCUCUGUGAUGUAUAUAUUUGAGACAUGAUACUGGAAUUUAUUUUAUGAUUGUGCUUCCUCCCUGUUCUCAUUUACAAUAAAACAACUUCCUGAUCAUUCCAGA